CUUCCUGGAUACAGAGCGUCACCGAGCGAUGGUUACCAAGCAUGGCGGCGCUGCACUGGACGUUUAUAUUAACGUGUUUGGGAAAUGCAGUUUUUGUUAAAAGUGCAAGCUCGAACCAGGUCAACAUCACGCACAUCGUUUCUAAGGACACUGUUGUCCCCUCUACAGCUAAUAAUCUGACCGGGAGACAAGAGGACAGCGCUCCUACACCGCCUCAGUUCCCCCCGACCUCCCCAGAGCCGAGCGCCGAGGCUGCGGUGACGGACGGAGGACUGAUCCCUACAGCAGGCUCGGCUUUUACCGCGACUCAACUACAGACAACACACACACCAUCCGCGCUUACAGCCGCAACAGAAACGCCGUCAUUGUUUACCACAGAUGGCGCAAAAACGAGCAACUUGGCCACAGCGAGCUCUAAAGCAGGGGGUCGGGCUGUGUCCUCUCUGCCUCUUCCCCUGGCGGGGUCUCUGCCUCAGCCUGUCACACAAGUGUCUUCUGUGUGUCCAUGUAACGUACAGAGAGAGCGAUGUGAUAUAAACUGCUGCUGUGACCCGGACUGCACUCAGGAGCUGCGGCUCUUCACACAGUGCUUAGUGCAGAAAGUCGUUGGGGACGCGAAGCUGUGCAGUCGGGAUGCAGCCCUGUACACGCUCACUAUAAUUCCGGGUGGUUUGUCCCAAGUCACGCCAUCUGUACAGCAAGAGAUCAACCCGGACGUCUUCUGCAUCCAGUCUGCUAACUAUGGACAGGGAAUGUCCUUCAUCGACCCGACGGUUCCCACCGAGACUAAUUUCGACAGCCUCUUUGACCGCUUUGUGGGAUUCUUCUUCAGAAGCCCUUCUGCUGCAUCGCUGGCACCUGCACAGGGAACCUCUCCAGGAUACGUGUUUGGAGAUCUGAUCCAGACCAUGGAUGUCACCGAGCAGCGAGGUUUCUUCAGGCUUCCAGCAUCUGCUGGUGCAGCGAACUGUUUAGACACGAACCCAGCAGCUUUUCUGAAAGAUCAGACGAGCAGAUGUGUGAGGAGCUUUGCUUUGUCAGAAGACUGCACAAUGUUAGAUGCGCUGAACCUCAAGACAUACACGAGUUUUAGUGUUUUUACGGGGAAGGACACCGGUGCUGAUCUGGUGUCUGUAGCAGUGGAGACCAUUACACUGCAAUCACUAGAUGGCACACAGACUCUGGUGAGGACGGAUUCUGCUGCUGCCUCGAACUACACACCUGUGUUUCACGGGCAGAUCUGCAACCAGGUGGUGCUGCAGGUUAAGUACACUGUGAGGUUUGGUGAUGCUGGACAGAUUGUGAGGGUGACGGCGUCGUUUCUUCUGGGUGCAGUCGAUAAAAACACGCUGCCCAUCCAGCAGGAGUUCCAGAUAAAGUUUGUUCAGGAGUCCAAAAGUGACGCUACGCUUCGCUCCAGUGGCAAUCCUGGUUAUGUUGUUGGCCUGCCCCUUGUGGCCGGAUGGAGAAGUGCAGAGGGAAUUAUCCGGAGCUCAGAUCCAGACGGGUCUCUCGUGGUCUUAAAGAGUUCUGCAGAGCAAGACUGUCUGACCGGCCUGUCUCAGCGCACACCCGUACUGUUUGGGACAGAUGUGGUGUCCGGAUGCACCUUUAGGCUUGAGGACGGUGUGAACUGUUCAUUAGUCUCUGAAGUCAUCUUGGCGAGACUGAAAGGCCAGACUUUUCCGGAUUACGUGGCAUCAUUUGGGAAUUCUCUUCCUCAAAACCCCAUGGACUGGAUUCCUAUUGAGAAUCAAACCGUACCCACGGUUACGCAGGGAUGCAGCAUCCCAGUGUCCUAUCAUCUCGAAGUAAGAUGGACCAAGUUUGGUACACUGGUGAACCCCCAGGCCCAGAUAGUGAAUGUGAUGGAAACGAUCAAGACCAACACCAGCACCUUGCCAUCUCCCUCGACCGGUGGUGGUGUCGUCUCAGUUGUGAGCUCCGUGAGCUUCAUCGACGUGUCGCGGUCAGCCAGCCCAGGAUUCAGAGCUCCUCCGACCAUCAACGCCAAGCUGCCAUCAGACUUCUUUUUUCCGUUUGUAUAAAACAGGGAACCUAGUAAACCUUUCAAAUGGAGGUAAUUUCCUGUCCAAUGAAAUCGAACAGGAAUACAAUGCCAAAAUUAGAGUUCUAUGAAUUAGAAUUUUGGUUGAUUUUAUAUUGUAGCCUAGAUUUGGUAUAGAAGUUUAAUGCCUGUGCAUUGUUAGUUACAAUUUAGGUUGAACUUUACAUUCACACAGUUUACAUGCUAAGAUUCGAUAUAUUUGAAUUUGCAGUUUAUUUAAGUUGUUGAUUUUAGAUUCAUUUGGCCCCGCCCUCCCAAAAUAUGAGUAGUGGAAUAUUU